AGAUUUUGGCAGUAAAGGAAGAGGGCUGGAAAAACGUAGGGGAUUUAACGACGCUCGAAAAUGUAACCCUAUCUACCAAUAUAACCAUGCCCCUUAACAUGACGUCAACAACACUUGACCUUCCUCCCGCGUCGUUUUAUCUCGGAAUUAUAUUACGGGCAGUAUCAAUGAUUGUCGUUGGAGUAUUUAUCCAGUAUGUCAGAUGGUCAGGAGUCGUCUGUUCUGGAGUUUUACUAUUCUAUUGGACAUUGUUAUUUGUUUGUGGAAUCAUACCUCUUCAGUCUGCAAUAUCAUACAUGGCAGAUUCCAUGAGCAGUAUCCUGCAGUAUAUCUACAUGGUAUUCCUAUUGGUACAACUUAUCCUCCAUUGUUUCGCUGAUAUCCGUUCUAGACAACUCUAUCAGCAAAUUGGAGAAGACGGCCCACCGUGCCCGGACGAACACGCGUCGGCAUUGUCUUUGUUGACCUACUUUUGGUUAUAUCCUAUUAUUGUUAAAGCGUUUAAGACAAAAAUGGGUAAGGGUGACCUAUGGGAGCAGACACCACGACUGAAGUGUGAAAACUCUGUGUAUGAGCUCGGUAAAGCAUGGGAUGCAGAACAACUCAAGGCGAAAAUUGCAAACAGGAAAGCAAAUAGUGCAGCUAGACGGAAAAGUCGACAUAAGAUUGUGGCGAAUGGAUUUGCUAGAUCAGGGGAGGACACGCCUCUCCUGAAUUCAAACCAAAUCACAAGUGAUGAUAUCUAUUCUUCUCCCGACACAUCAAAAAUGCAAAGAGCAUCUAUGUUCUUGUCUUUGUUUAAGACAUACGGACCCCUGUAUAUCGUGACGGUUUUCGUUAAACUUGUAAGUGACAUCAUAGCUACGCUUCAACCUGUUGUACUUGGAAUGAUUGUAUCUUAUAUCGAGGCUACUGGGAAGGAUCGAGAUCCCGUAUGGGUGGGGUAUGCACUUUCGGUGUUGUUUGCCGUUAUGGGGGAGGUGGAAUCUGUAGCAUACAACACGUCACUUCAUCUUAACAUGUCUCUUGGUAUUCGAGUCAAAUCGGCUCUUAUUGGGGCCAUCUACAAAAAGUCGCUAAGAAUGAGUAACUCGGUAAAGAAGGACUUUACGAUCGGAGAGAUAGUAAAUCUAAUGUCAGUGGACUGUCAAAGGAUCCAGGACGCCUUCGCCUUCCAUCACUGGAUAUUCUCGUUUUUCUCUAUCACAGCACUAGGUCUUUAUCUGGUGUGGGAUUCCAUGGGAGACGGUAUCUACGGCUGUAUUGUCAUUGUUAUCAUUUUCACCAUCUUAAAUAUCUACUUCGGCCAGCUUCAAGAAAGAUACCAACAAGGUCUUCUCCAACUCAAAGGCAACAGAAUGAAGCUUCUUAAUGAGGUUUUGGGGGGAAUCAAGGUCCUUAAAAUGUACGCAUGGGAAACAACGUUUACAGAUAAAAUAAAGAUGAUACGGAGCCGAGAGAUGAGCUUUCUCAGGAAGAUUGCCAUUGUAACUGCUUGUUCUGUCCUUCUAGCGGUCCAUAGUCCAUUCUUUAUGAACAUCGCAAUCCUGCUUAUUUACAUGCUAUCCGAUUUGUCACGCUACCUUGAUGCCACUACAGCCUUUACAAUAAUAUCUGUUGUCAACGUCAUAAGAUACCCGAUAGCGUUAUCUCCCUUUGUUAUCACUUCCUGUAUACAGACAUAUGUUUCCGUGGAUCGUAUCCAGAGAUUUCUGUGGGAAGACGAUUUGGAAAGUGAUAAUGUAAAGCGUGUUACUCAGGGCGACCAUGCUGUCAGUAUUCGAAAUGGUCGCUUCACCUGGGAUUUGGAUGAUCAGAUAACAACGCUAACAAACAUCAAUAUUAAUAUACCAGAAGGAAGUUUGGUGGCGGUGGUGGGAAUCGUCGGAUCAGGCAAAUCCUCACUCAUUUCAGCUGUAUUAGGAGAAUUAGAGAAGCUUGAAGGAGAUGUCACUCUAAAGGGGUCACUUGCGUACGUACCUCAGGAGGCGUGGAUACAGAAUAUGACUUUAAGAGACAAUAUAUUGUUCGGAGAACCAUACCGUGAGAAAAAGUAUCAGAAAGUCUUGGACGCUUGUCAGCUUAUUCCUGAUCUAAGAAUACUUUCCGCCGGAGACCAAACAGAGAUCGGACAAAAGGGUAUCAACUUAAGCGGAGGUCAGAAGCAGAGAGUCAGUCUGGCUAGGGCUGUUUACAACAAUGCUGAUGUUUAUCUACUUGACGAUCCGCUUAGUGCUGUUGAUAGUCACGUGGGGAAAGCAUUGUUUGAGAAAGUAAUCGGCAAUGCCGGAUUGCUGAAAAACAAGACACGUAUUCUGGUGACGCAUGGAGUCCACUGGUUGCCUAACGUGGACAGGAUAAUUGUCAUGGAUAAUGGUCAAGUAUCUGAGGCAGGCACUUACGAGGAGUUGCUACAACAUAAUGGACCGUUUGCUCACUUCCUGCAAACUUUCCUUCUACAAGACGACGAUAAAGAAGAGGAGGACGAUGAUCAAGUAGAACCAAGAAAUACCCGACGGCGGAGGACAUUAUCUGUGCAAGAAAUCAAAGACAAAAUGUGGGAGCAAGUGGAAGAGAUUGUGUCGGAUGGUAUGACCUCGGAUGACAACCUUACUAUAGAGGGGCUCUCGCGGCGGAAAAGCAUAAAAACAAUAUCCAAGAACGGUUCAUUGGUUCCAUCAAAAAUGCUGACUAGAGCGAUAUCUCGCCAAAUGUCAAGGUCGUUUUCUCGGUCAAUAACAAGGUCACUGACAAAAACAGACGACAACUUAAUUGGUCAGCUGAUUACGGAGGAGGGAACAGAGGAAGGCGCGGUAAAGUGGGCCGUGAUUUGGGCUUUCUUGAAAGCCAUGGGAGCUUUUGCUGCAUUCUUUGCCUUGUUCAUGAUGGCUGUAUUCCAAGGUGUAAACAUGUACUCAAUUUUCUGGAUCACUGACUGGACAUCGGACGAGUAUCUCGUUAACACGACUAACCAGAGGAAUGACGAGUACACUAACAAAAACAUAUAUUAUCUUGUGAUAUAUGGAGUGCUUGGAAUUAUACAAGGGAUAUGUCUCUUUUUAUUCGCUCUUAUUUCAUUGUUACGGAUUGUACAAGCCAAUGGACGUCUUCAUUCAAGGAUGCUAAAAUGCACUUUCCGUUCUCCGAUGUCCUUUUUCGACACGACACCUAUCGGCCGUAUCAUGAAUCGUUUCUCCAGUGAUAUAGACGUACUAGACGACCGUAUGUCACGGACGUACAGACUGCUGACAAUAUUUGUUUUUGUGUUGGCCUCUACAGUCAUUGUUAUCUCCAUCACAACUCCGACAUUCCUGAUCGCCCUUGUUCCUGCUGGUGUUGUGUACUUCCUCUCUCUGGCAUUCUACCUACCAACUGCCCGUCAGUUGAAGAGAAUAGAGUCAGUGACUCGCUCUCCCGUAUAUAACCACUUCAGCGAGACGAUCACGGGCGCAAGUGUAAUCCGGGCCUAUCAGGCAUCAGACAGAUUUAUAGAGGAAUCACAAAAGCGGGUCGACAAGAAUGCCGCCUUCUACCACGCUGCAAAUGUCUCAGCAAGGUGGAUAAGUGUGGUUGUGGAAUCUAUCAGCAACAUCCUCGUAUUUGCCGCUGCAAUGUUAGCCAUCGUUUCACCGGAAUUGACUGGCGGGGACGUUGGCCUCUCCCUCACGUACUCAUUACAGAUUGUUGUUGGUUUAGCGCUGGUCGUGUUUGGCGUUAGUGAGAUGCAGAUGAACAUCGUCUCUACAGAACGCGUUGUGGAAUAUACUGAUCUUCAAUCAGAGGCUGAAUGGAUCAGAGAUGACUUUCGUCCUCCUCCAAUGUGGCCUCACGCCGGAAAUAUCAAGUUUGAGGGAUAUACCACCAGGUACCGACCAGGUCUAGAACUGGUACUAAGGGGCAUAGACUGUGAGAUUCAAAGUGGGGAAAAGAUUGGUAUAGUUGGAAGAACUGGAGCCGGGAAGUCCUCUCUGGCCGUGGCUUUAUUUCGUCUUAUUGAAUCGGCAUCUGGAUCAAUAUCAGUAGACGGCAUUCGAACUUCAGACCUUGGACUUCAUGACUUGAGGCCAAACAUCACAAUUUUACCACAGGACCCUGUGCUAUUCUCCGGACCAUUGAAAUCCAAUCUAGACCCGCUUGGAAAGUUCACAGACUAUGAAAUAUGGAAGGCAUUAGAAUCCGCUCAUAUGAAGUCAUUCGUUCAGAACCAACGAGAUCAAUUGCAUUAUGAAUGUGGAGAGGGCGGUAUGAAUCUGAGUGUCGGACAGAGGCAGCUGCUGUGUCUCGGACGAGCCUUGCUCCAUAAAAACAAAAUUCUCAUCCUGGACGAGGCCACUGCCGCUGUUGAUAUGGAAACUGAUGAACUUAUACAACAAACGAUACAGACCGAGUUCAGUGAUUGUACUGUCCUUACCAUCGCCCAUAGACUUAACACUAUCAUGGAAUAUGACAGGGUGAUGGUUCUGGAUAAAGGUCUCAUUACAGAAUUUCAAACCCCGCGGGUACUUUUACAGGACAAAACAAGUGUAUUUUACGGAAUGGCCAAAGAUGCGGAACUAACAGACUGGUUUGAGAAUGAAAAAUAUGCAAAGAAACUGUGAAUGAGACUAUCGGCAUUAAACAAAAAAAAAUACUUGCAUUAAAUGCGUUAUUUCCGAUAAGGUUGUAUUGCAGCAUACUUAGAGUGUGUGAAUGGUAUCAGAAUAAGUGUUAUAUAAUUAGUCAAAAGAUUGACAAAACAGAGUGAAAAUAUGUUGUGAAAGUUAUGACGGUGCGCCUAUAUCAUGCGGCGGCUAUGAGGGUGUCAACAUUUGUGUUUAUCUCGAGUGCGAUCAUCACCUAACUUGUUCUAUAUAAGCAAUCGGAUCUUUGUACAAGUUAUCAGUUAUUUACACAUAAUUGACAA